AUGAAAACCUCAACUCUAAAGACAUUUAUUUACGCAAUUGUCAUUUACCAUAUUAACUUGGUAAAUUGUGUGGAAUUAAACAUUUCAAAAUAUGAUGAGGCCCUUGUUAAGGCCCUUGAUUGUUACUAUGAUGAUAUCCCUACAAGGUUUUUCUUUCCUAAGAGUAUUCCAAUUACAACCAUAACUGAUGGUUCUACAAAACUCUGGAGUGCUAAAAGGGGGGAAGAAUGCCGUAUGAUAAUAGUUCGUCUCAGGGGUACAAGACCGGUAGUGAUCCAUAUCUCACCGAUGGAUUCAAAGACGUGUCUAAAAAGGCCAUGGGUAGAAAUACACAGAAGUGAUGAAGCCUGGAAAACUGGAUUCUUCUCUCGUUUGCUGUUUACCCAUCUAAAACGUGACAAAACCCUUGUUGAUUUGAAGGAAUUCCCUCGUUCCACGGAUUCAUUUUCCUUGGAUCUCUCAUUGGAAAAGGAUACUGAAAAAUGUGUCGUAGCAGAUUAUCAUACUGGAAAUUUGCCUUGUCGCAUUCACAUACCUCAGAUUUCUAAUUAUGCCUCAGAAGUAAGAUUUGGUGAUGAAGAUCUCUGGAGGGCCUCAGAAUAUGGAGAGUAUUGUACUUCAGCUGUCACAAUGUUAGAAAAGGGAAAACCUCGUCUGAUUCAGCUUAUAUUCAGUGAUUCCAGUGCUUUGAAUGCUAUAUAUUGCAUGCGUGAAGAUUAUGGUUGGAUUCAUAUUCUAGGAUCCGAAUUUGAGGAAAAGAUGGUGGAAUUGUUAAAUGAAGCCACAGCUCAUGAAUACGCUGAUGAAGAUCUACAAAAGGCUUCUGGGUAUUAUUCCGGGGAAGAGGAUGAUGACGAUAAUAUAAACACAGAAGAAGGUCUAAGUGAAAAGCUUUUAUCUGGCUCUAAACAAAACUAG